UCUAGCUCCAAUCCAUACUCGAAACAAAGGUGGUCGAAUUCCUCAGAAGCUGGACGUCGAGAAGCGAAUCAAACACCAUCCGAUGAGAGAGCAGGCGACGGACAAUAUUCCUGCCCGAGUCUUUCAAAGAGUUCGGCUUUGUUGACUGCGACGGUCGGCAUGGCGGUAUACUCGUCGUGACUUGUCUAUACAAACGCCGGGGUCGUAGAGGUCGAUGUCGAGUCAAAAGUCACUGAUCUGAUUUCGACAAUCUCUACGGUCACGUGUCUAUCAUCUGCCCAAUCUUCCUCUACACUUGAAUCUACUCGUAUGAAGUACGUCGCGUUGCUGAGCGGGGGAAAGGACAGCUGCUAUAACCUGCUGCACUGCAAGAAAAAUGGGCACGAGCUGAUAGCUGCUGCGUCGUUGGGGCCAGAGCCUGGCAAAGAGGAACUCGACUCGUACAUGUACCAAACUGUCGGCCAAGACGCGAUCGAGCUCGUUGCGCAGGCACUGGACGUCCCCCUUUACCGACGGAUCAUCGCCGGCAACGCGGUCGAACAGGGAUCUGAGUACGGCGCGCGGAAUAACCAUGAAGGAGUUGUGGGGGACGAGACGGAAGAUCUUUAUGAGCUCUUGCUGAACGUCAAGACUCACCAUCCCGACCUCGAAGGUGUCUCAGUCGGAGCGAUUCUAUCAAACUAUCAACGCGUCCGAGUUGAGCAUGUAUGCCGUCGCCUUUCCUUAACACCACUGUCCUAUCUCUGGCAACGCGACCAAGGGGAGCUAAUGUCCGAGAUGGUCGAAGCCGGAAUGGAAGCCAUUCUGAUUAAAGUUGCUGGGAUAGGACUCACUGUGAAACAUCUUGGGAAGACGCUUGCCCAGAUGCAGCCCACCUUGAUCAAGUUGAAUCAACUAUACGGUGCCCACAUCUGUGGAGAGGGCGGUGAAUAUGAGACGCUGACUUUGGAUUGUCCGAUGUUCAAGAAACGUAUCCACCUUAUCGAGGUUGAACCCGUCAUUCACUCAGACAACGCAUUUGCAACUGUAGCCUUUCUACGAAUCAAACGUGCGGUUUUGGAAGAAAAGGAAAUUGAUGUUCGCACUCCCCGACAGCCUCCCCUUCUGGACGAACCGCUCGAUGUCGAGUCAACACCACGCCCCGAGGCGCUAGGAGGUGAUGCGCCAGUGUCUCUGGAACCUCUCGGUCGCGACGAAACGCAAAGCAAGCAAUGCGGACAAUGGGUAUCCGUCUCCAAUGUUUGUGCUGGACCCGGCGUUGAAGCAAUAGAAGACGAGGUCCUGCGAUGUUUCUUGGGACUGAAGGACGAACUGUUUCGCUAUGGACUCGACUUUGCUGACUGUGUCAAUCUCAAUGUUCUGCUUUCCUCGAUGGAACUGUUUCCGAGAAUGAAUGCAGUGUACGCAACCUUCUUUGGCACAAGUCCACCUGCCCGGGCUUGCGUUGCGGUCGAUCUGCCUGGGCCUUACCACGUGAGGCUCGACUGCAUCGCCCACUCAAAAACAGAGCCAAGAACUGCGCUCCACGUCCAAGGCUUGAGUUACUGGGCUCCAGCCAAUAUCGGGCCGUAUUCGCAGUCGGUGACGAUCGGCAACCGAGUUUAUGUCUCUGGCCAGAUCGGAUUGGUACCAAGUAGCAUGACGAUGCCCUCCCCGCGUUCAGUCCAACUGGAAACCGCGCUCUCCUCCCAGCAUGCGUCCCGAGUGGUCGAAGCCCUGCGCACCACUUCUGGGAACUGGCCCGGUCGGAUGCAGCUUGCGAUCUUCUGGUUAGCCGAUACGUCCCAUCUGAAGAUCGUCGCGAAUCAAAGCCCGGAAGAAGCGACACCUACGUUAUUUGUCGUAGUCAAAGGCCUGCCGAAAGACGCGCUGGUCGAAAAGCAGAUCAUGCUGCACACGGGGUCCACUCAAGUGACCGACGAUGGAGAGCUUGUCACCCAAGAUAGGAAGGGUCGGUUCAGAGCGGGUGAAUCAAGCUCCGGAGUGCAUUGGCAAAUAUCUGAGAUCGAAGACACACCAUCGGCUUCUAUUCUCUUGUGCGGCCGCUAUGGCGAUCCCAUACAAACUGAACUAGAUCAUCUGCUAAGCCAAGUCCUGUCGGUGAAGAUGUUUUACAUCCCAGCCUCGACAUCGGCCGAUCUGUACGACAGGACACGCGACGCUUUCGGUGCACCGGUCAUCGGCAUCCCAUGCAGAGCAAUCGCGACUCGAAACAGGGACAACUGGGAUUACGCACUAUGUAUUGUGACAUGA